AUGGUAUACUCGAAGGCAAUUGCUGCAUUGGCAGUAGUUCUAACGCUACGGGCUCAAUAUGCCGCUGCUUGGGGAAAUGCAGAUACUCUCUACAUUUACAACUCUGACACUCUGGCUGAUAUAUCAGCCUCAGAAGCAUGCGUGAAUGCCAUGUCCAGCAAUGUCUCAUGCUAUGCCGGCUUGAGCCAGGCAGUCACCCAGACGACAUCAUGGUCAGCCACUGCACUGUCAGAAAUUUGCACCACUGGUUGCUCUUCCGCUUUGUCCAGCUAUGUCUCCUCCGUGGAUGAAGCCUGCGGCACAAGUACUCAGUACAACAUCUCCGGUAUCUCCCAAACUGCCUCGGAUAGAGGAAAGGAAAUGCAAUGGCGUUAUGAUGCAACCUGCUUGACUGAUUCCACUUCGGGCACCUAUUGCAACACCCUAUUCCAGACUGCAAUUGCAAACGGCACAACGAAUAUCAAAUGCAGCGCAUGCUAUCUGGACUAUAUGUCAACCAUAGUGAAUUCCAAAUGGGGUCAGGAUACUUUGCUCAGUCCGUCGGCCUUGAAGAGUCAAGUAUCUUCUUGCUCGACCAGCGGAUACUCUGUAACUUAUACACCAACAUCAACUGCCUCUUCCACUGUCUCUGCCUCGGCCACCGUUGCUGCUAGUCGCUGCAACACGACUGACCCCGAUCAAACUGUUUACAAGGUUGAGUCCGGAGAUACCUGUCUUUCGAUCUCAGCAGCUCAAAAUGUCUCCACCUCAGCCUUGAUCAACUUGAACAGCCUUGAUACAGGGUGUACACAUAUAGUUGCUGGGGCAGAGAUUUGCCUUCCCGAUAUUUGUGAAAUCUAUCGCGUUAAGGAGACAGAUACCAUCGACAAAAUCGUUGCGAACCUAUCGCGUCAAGUCUCCGUGCCUCAGUUUGUUGCGUGGAAUGCCAAUCUCAACUCAGCGUCAAGCUCGCAGAAUCUGACUGCUGUUUCGGGGAAGUACAUCUGCGUCACACCGCUGUGUACGUUGUCUGCUUUCUCUUUUUCGUUGGUGUGUUCGGAAUCUGAAAAUGCUAAACAUAUAUGCAGCUCUGUUCCCACCGACGCGGUUACUAGCUCCAACACCAAAUGUGGUCACUGGUAUCAGAUCCAAGAUGGUGAUACCUGUGAAUUCGUCUGCGACAAGUUCAGCAUCACUCAGUAUAAUUUCAAUUUCUUGAAUCCCCAGGCUGCAUUGAAUACAACCUCAAGCUGUGGCAGUCUCUGGAAAGGGAACAGCUACUGCGUGCAAGCAGUGGGUAACAUCAACACCUACAUCAGCUACAUAUCCAACACCACCAGGACUCGCACAUCACUCGCUAGUACCAUGAAUCCCAACGCGACCCGAACAGCAAACCAUAGCACCACAAAUCUGUUCUGGUCAUUCCCUUCCGACCUGACCACGACCUCAACCUGGACCCCAGAUUCCGCAUACCUCGCAUCUCUCGCGACCUACACGCUCUGCGACCAGGUCAAUUCAGCCUACAAUAUCACCGACGGCGAUCUCACAGACGAGAUGUACCACGAUGAAGUCUGGCUGAGUGAAUACAACCGCGUCUGCUAUCCUCCUCUUAACGGUUCCUUCCCGACCGCUGGGUUCAACUUCAGCAUCACGCUGACAGAUGAUCCAAGUGUGGGAAGCUCUACGGUAUUUACUUCUAGCCAAACAGCUACUCCCCACGCAUCUUCUACGGUCACUACUGCGACCUCUACCACAGUUGCGACACCAACGAGUACGAUCUCGGAAAAUGGUCUCUGUGGCCCGUCUAAUUCAUACUGGGCUUGCUUGGGAUCUCAAUUUGGUGACUGCUGUAGUAACUACGGCUAUUGUGGUAGUUCGUCGGAUUAUUGUUCCAGCUCCAAUUGUAAUGCUAAGUAUGGCUCGUGUGGUUGA